GAAUCGUAUCACAGUCCUGGAAUACGAUUUUGCUGUUCCAUGGUCGGAGAGUGCAAUUGGACUGGUUGAAAACAAGCGGCGCUGCUGCCUCCGCUACGCUCUCUGGCAUAUGUGGAGAGAGAGAAGCAGUUUGUCGCGGCUGUGAACGGUGUCCCUCUGACCGUCUUUACGCGGCAAUGGGACCCUAAAGCUAUCCAACUGACGUUAUUUUGAAACAGGAACGGGGGUAAACAAAUAUCAGGAGAAGAUAGCCAUACGCUAACUCACCAUGGAGAAGCGCAGAGGAGGGAUAUAACGCGGACAACUGACAAAUAACUUGAAGGAAUUACCACUUGUUUUGGACACUUGCUCACAAAAAGGGAUUGCUUUUCAGAUUUUUCAGACAAAUUGUAUCGAAGAUCAGCCAACACGUCGUUACAAUGAAUGGAAAGGGGAUGUUCACUGGAUGCUGGAGAAUGCCACUGCUGGCACUCGUCGUGGCUCUGCACAUGAUUCCAUUGUUUGCACAUGGGGCCAAUGUGACCGAGCCAACGGACACCACUGCUGCGAACGUGACCUCACUUCCUGUCGUGGGUGAGGGUGAGGGCGAGGGUGAGAACAUGGCCGACCUCACCAAGGUGGCCGACGCCGAGAGCCUGCGGGCCGGACGCAAGCCGAGGGGCGGCGAGGACGCGGGCAGUGGCAUGAUGGGAGCUGGAGACGGCGCCUUCCCGUCCGUCGUCUCCGCCAGCGAGGACGAGACCGGAGCCACCAUCGGAGGAGGAGGCGGAGGACGCCAAGCCCUCAGCCCAGACUCGGCAGAGACGGACAGCCUGCUGCCCCACGAGACCCGCAACUCCCAGCAGCAGGAGGAAGACGAGGAGGAGGUGCUGGAUGCUGAGAAGGCGGUGUACACCGACGCGCCCUGGCACAACCUGGGCAAGCAGGAGGAGCAGGAGACCACCGUCUUCGACCUGGACCGGGAGUUUGCGCCCACCACCACCCAGUCGCCCAUGGUGCGCAUGUCCAACUCCGACGUCCUCACCGUGGACUUCAUGGACUCCGACGAGUCCCGUGGCAACCCCCGCGGCCUGGAGACGCCCGCCCCGUCGGCCCACGAGCUCCAGGGCCGGGACCCCACCUCCUGGACCAUGCCCGACAACUACGACUACCUCACCCCCUACGACGACAACAUCUCCCCCUCGCCCUCCGAAGAGUACGUGGACACCACCACCACCGACAUGUACGACGACGCUGACGCCACCACCACCACCACUGCACCGCCUCGCGCCUUCCGACCACGCAUCCCCAUCCCUGGCCUGCUGGCCCCAGAUGGCCCCCUCACCAGCGGGGCUGGCGCUGGAGGGUUUGGGUUUGGAGGCGGUAUUGGAGCUGAUGACUUCCCCGCGCCGCGUCCUCCUCCUGGGGCUGGUGGAGACGGAGCCAGCGGUGGUGGUGGAGGAGGUUCAGAGUGCCGCAACGGCAACUGCAGCAAGUCCCCCUGCGACCAGCUGCCCAACUACUGCUACAACGGGGGCGUCUGCUUCUUCUCCGAUGGCACGGGACCUUUUUGCAGGUGCAACGUGCAGGAGUACGUGUGGAACAAGGGCGCGCGGUGCGAGUCGGUGGUGACGGAGUUCCAGGUGAUGUGCAUCGCCAUCGGCGCCUCGGCCCUCAUGCUGCUGCUGCUCUUCAUGAUCGUGGUCUGCUUCGCCAAGCAGCUGCACCUGCUCAAGACCGAGAACCACAAGCUGCGCAAGCGCAGCAGUAAGUACCGUCCGUCCUCGGAGCAGCACAAUGAUAAUUUCUCGUUGUCCACCAUCGCUGAGGGCUCCCACCCAAAUAAAACCAUGAGCAGAUACACCUGGGAGUGUAAGAACAAAGAGGACCCCGACUGCGAGGACGAUCCUCAUGCCCAGAACAAGUUGGAGGAUCCCGUAAAGGCCCACCCCAAGGAGGACGACUCACUCAACAUCCAGAACUCUCUCACCCCCAAGCAAGAGAACCAUAAGGGUCUCGGCGACGAAAACUCCUCGGAGGGCGACAUGGCCAUAGACGUUGAGCUGCACUUGCCCAAGCACUCCAAGGUUUUGCCCACCGCCAGCCCCCGCGUGCACUACGACGUGUACCUGUACAAGGUGCCCAAGUCGCCUGCCCCGGGCAAGAUGCGGAGCCGGGUCCGCUGGGACGACCGGCCGUACCACCCGUACCCACCCUCCCCCGGGUACAGCCCCGUCAGCACACGCUCCCUUCCCGUAGCCAUCCCCACCAGGAGGUCGCGGUCACACAUUGUUAAGAUUGGCACACCGUGACCACCGUAGUUACACACUCAUCAUCAUCAUCAUCAUCAUCAUCAUCACUGCCGCAUCCCUCUAUCACCGCCACCCCACCAUCAUCAGAUCACCAUGACAACCAUAAAAACCUCCACCAUCAGCACCGCCACGAUCAGCCAUCCAGGGAGCUCAGUGGAAGCAGCUGAGAGUCGAGCAAGCGCAGUAUCGUGCCGUGUCGUGUGAUACAGCAGCAUGGCAUGGUAAGCAGAGUGGGUCAAACAGAACCACACCUGCUCCUCCUCCUCCUACUUCUCCUCCCUCGGGAGAAAGUAAACCAGGCCAUGCAAAAAGAAUACACAUGGUUACACAAGCCCAAUGAGUCACAGAAAUGUCUCUUAUCUGUUCGUCUCGCUGGAGCUCAUCAGAGAUACAUGACUGACUGAGAUCACAACCAGCAGCAGUUCUAUCCAGUUGGGGGCCCUAGGCAAAAUAUAAACCUGGGGGGCCUUUUGCUUUUUACUUGCACUGGUAUUUACCAUGGCAGGGCUGACUGGGGGCCCCCCUACAAUGGGCAAAUUUGAUGGCGCCCUGGGCAACUGCCUAGUCUGAUUAUUGGUAAAACCAGCUCUGAUCACAGCUGAUUAUGAAUACACAUCGUAGAUGACCUAUGUGGCCUGGGCAGUUAGCUGGAUGUUGGUACACUUAGCAAGGGAUUCAGCCCCCUGCUGACAAUGACCAAUGGCAAUGCCACAGCUCUUGUUUCCUUUCCUUUAAUCAUCAGUCUAUGUAUAACUGGGUUUCCAUGCAACUCUUUGAUGGGGCAUUAUGGUUAUUCGAAUAAGAAAUCAUCACUUGGAAUCACUUGAAAUGCACAUGAAUCUUUGCACUUCAAAAAAAAAGAAAAAGGUGGACACAGAUGGGGAUGAGCUGAAUGACGAUGAAUGUGCAUAAAUGAUGGAGAGUAGGAUGAAUGGAAAAUAACUUUUGACGAGGGUGGUAAGAACAGUUUACGAAACAACCAAAGAUCAUCUUCUUCAACAAACAAGCCAGAGAUAGAUCAACCACUAACGACCAUGUGGUGCCGUUGUUGGAGCCAUUUUAUGUUAAUAAAUGUUUAUAUUAAAAGGAUAUAUGUAUAAUCGUGCAAAAAAUAAAUCUUUGAACAGAUCAGCUGUCUUUUUUUC